CAGGCACUUGGCUUCCUGUGGUAUUCUGAUGACAAGAAUUUCUCCUUUGCAAGCACCUGUAAUGAGCCAUACCUUUUCAAGAACUUUCUUCAACCUUGCUGCACCACUAGUAAAUAAAAGAAAAGAAUAUUCUGAAAGAAGAAUCAUAGGGUAUUCUAUGCAGGAAAUGUAUGAAGUUGUUGCUGUUGUGGAGAAUUACAAGUUGUUUGUUCCUUGGUGUAAGAAGUCAGAUGUAUUAUCAAAGCGCUCUGGAUACUGCAAAGCACAGCUAGAAAUAGGAUUCCCUCCUGUAGUAGAGAGGUAUACAUCGGUUGUUACCCUCGUGAGGCCACAUUUAGUUAAGGCAUCCUGCACAGACGGAAGACUAUUUAAUCACUUGGAAACCGUGUGGCGUUUCAGCCCAGGUAUCCCUGGUUAUCCAAGGACAUGUACGUUGGAUUUUUCAGUUUCUUUUGAAUUUCGUUCACUUCUACACUCAAAACUCGCUACGCUAUUUUUUGACGAAGUGGUAAAGCAGAUGGUAGCUGCCUUUGAAAGAAGAGCAUCCAAACUCCACGGCCCGGAAACAACCAUACCUCGGGAGCUCAUGCUUCACGAAGUGCAUCACACAUAG